AUGGUAGUCAUGCCGUUGCUAAAUCUGUAAAUGACACCUUUGAGACUUGUGAAGUUUCUAAAUGCAAGCAACAGAAACAUUUUACUGUUUUGAUGUUAGUAAUUACAAUUGUGUCUAUUUGAGUUGUUCAAAAUGUUAAAAAAAAAAAAAAAAGUUUUUUUUAAUGUAUUACAUCAUCAAAAGCAAAAUGCUGGUUUUUAUGUUGUAAAUUUGAUUUUCUUCAGGUAGCCUGCUUGUACUUGAGAGACAACACCUCUAGGGUCUUCAACGGUUUCAAAUGAUUUCUAGUUGUAAGGUUAAAUACUACAGUCACUACUAGAGCAAUAAGAAUGACACUUACUGAAGGGAAUGUCUUUGUUUUUAAGCACACUAGGACACUCCUGGCAAGGUUGUCCCUUUAUUGCUGCCAUGCAACACACACUGCUUCAUCUGUGGAAAAAUUUUUAAGCUGGGCUGCUAGGUUUAUGUGUAGAUGUUUUGGCAUUUUAUCUUUUUUGUUUGUCUGUUAUAAUUUGACAUUACAAAUAUACCCAAGUUUGUUCAGUUUUAUUGUGACAGACAAUGGGAUCUUACUUUUCCUUAGAAAUGUAUGAUUUGUGUUUUUCAGGCGACUGAUUAACUUUUUUUCUUCUCUAGCAGUCUUUGCUACUUCUCUCUUGUUACUCUUAAUGGGCCUUUAUUCCAACAAGACAUCUAUUUAGGAUAUAUUAUUUUGAAAAUAACACUCGCUUAGUUGCUGGAGUCAUGUCACUUGAGGACAACAUUCUUCAGCUACCCAAGCAAUUUAGAACAUAGUAUGAAAAUGUUUAAAAACAAUACUUUUUAUUUUUAAACAGAAAAAGCGAUGUUUUCCAUUAAAGUGCUUUUACCAUAAGAAUGCACUGAAAAAAGCCUUGUUUCAUAUUUAAAUGAGCAUGUAUAUUUGUUUUUGUGAUAGUCAGGGGGAGUGAUUUGGUGGUUUGUUUUUUUUUUGGUUGGUUGUUGGUUGUUUUUUUUUUCAGCUUGCUUGGGUAACAGUCAGCUUUCUGACUAUAACAAUAGAUACCUGGUUCCUAAUUACCUGGAACUGUGGUGAGAGAUUUAGCUGGUCCAAGUGGGUUUAAUCUGGUUAAAGGUAGUGUUAGAAGGCAGCGGUAGGUGUUUUUGAAAGUCCUGCUUUAGGACUUGAGAGACAAUUAGUCUGAUCUACUAGUUCUGUGUGUGCCACGUACUGAUUCUGUGUUGGGAUAUUUCAAACCACGAAGUAUCAGUAACUUAGGAAGACACCAGAUUUGCAGUGUACUCCGUAGCAUCACACUAUAAUGUGUGAUAGCAUAUUGGUGUAGGUACUUUCAGAUUCAGACAGCCUUUACAUCAAGGAAGAAGAAAAGCACAUUUAUGCAUCAUUCCUUUAUAAGAAUUAUUGUAAAAUGCUGCCUGAGAGUACGAGCAUGUCAAUUAAUACAUGAGCUUUAGGGACUUUGGACAUGAAUGCAAGCCCAUUUCAAGCAAUUAGAUCUCAUAACUCCAUUUCUGUGUUUUGUUUGUUUUGUUUUGUUUUGUUUUCUGGGUAAGUGAGGCACCCUCUUACCUAUUCUCUCUCUGCCUUUUGGCCUCUUGCACUUCUUGCUGCAUAUUGUUGCGGUUUCAGUAGGAUGGCUGAAGAAAGCCCUCUCCAAGGAGUGUCUGACACCACUGCAGUCCAGUCCCUGGAGUGUAUGUGCGAAGCAUACCAGUGCUCAAGGAUAAGAUGAUAACUACGUGGUGGGUUAUAGUACUGACAAAGAAAAAGAGAUAGGGUAUGCUUCUGUGGCAGGAUAGAAGAGAUCUUUACUGCAGCCACUCUUAAAAGACUCACUGCUUGCAGUAGAUGUUCUUUCCCAGAAGAAGAGCAGGUGGCCUGCAUCCCAAGUGUUCAUGGAUAUCUUUGUGUGCUUAUCUCGGCUUUUAGUAGAAAUUCUCAUGAGACCAACUCUAAUGACACAAAAGAAGAAACAAAAAAUAAGCGAUGACCUCAUCAAGGACUGUUUAAGCAUACUGUACAACACGUGCAUAUGUACGGAAGGAGUCACAAGGCGAUUGGCAGAAAGAAACGACUUUGUGUUGUUCCUGUUUACACUGAUGACAAACAAAAAGACAUUCCUGCAAACUGCAACGCUCAUUGAAGAUAUCUUGGGAGUAAAAAAGGAAAUGAUACAACUGGAUGAUAUACCCAAUCUUGCAAGCCUUGUAUCUAGUUUUGAUCAGCAGCAGCUUGCAAAUUUCUGCAGGAUCCUCGCCGUCACAAUUUCUGAACUUGACACAGGAAGUGAUGACAAGCACACGCUGCUUGCCAAAAAUGCUCAGCAGAAAAAAAACUUGGGACCAUCUCGAGCUGAAGUUAAUCAAGCUACGCUUCUGAAUAUUCCAGGCUUCAUUGAGCGAUUAUGCAAACUGGCAACACGGAAGGUAUCUGAAACAACGGGUACUUCCAGCUUCCUUCAGGAGUUAGAAGAAUGGUAUACCUGGCUGGACAAUGCGCUUGUGCUUGAUGCACUGAUGAGAGUGGCAAAUGAAGAGGCAGAGCAGAGCAGUACAGAGUCUUCUGAUGAAAGUGGAUUGGCCAACACCUCAACACGAACACAGCUUCCACAGUCCAUGAAGAUCAUGCACGAGAUUAUGUAUAAGCUGGAGGUGUUGUAUGUUCUCUGUGUGUUGCUCAUGGGGAGACAAAGGAAUCAGGUUCAUAAAAUGAUAGCAGAGUUCAGACUGAUUCCUGGCCUCAAUAAUUUGUUUGACAAACUGAUCUGGAGGAAGCAUUCAGCAUCAGCUCUUGUUCUGCAUGGACACAAUCAAAAUUGUGACUGUAGCCCAGACAUUACUUUAAAGAUACAGUUCUUGAGGCUUCUUCAGAGCUUUAGUGAUCACCACGAGAACAAGUAUCUCCUUUUGAACAGUCAAGAACUUAAUGAGCUGAGUGCAAUCUCCCAUAAAGCCAACAUCCCUGAAGUUGAUGCAGUUGUCAACACAGACAGGAGUCUUGUCUGUGAUGGGAAAAGAGGUUUGUUGACCAGACUUCUUCAGGUCAUGAAGAAGGAACCAGCUGAAUCCUCCUUCAGGUUUUGGCAGGCAAGGGCAGUUGAAAGUUUUUUGCGAGGCACCACCUCCUAUGCAGACCAGAUGUUUCUGCUAAAGAGAGGACUUCUGGAGCAUAUUCUCUACUGCAUUGUUGAUAGUGAGUGCAAAUCACGGGAUGUGCUUCAGAGUUACUUUGACCUUCUGGGAGAACUGAUGAAAUUCAAUAUUGAUGCAUUCAAGAGGUUCAACAAGUACAUCAACACAGAUGAGAAGUUCCAGAUAUUUUUGAAUCAGAUCAACAGUUCAUUGGUUGACUCCAACAUGCUGGUUCGCUGCAUUACGCUGUCCCUGGACCGAUUUGAGAAUCAGUCUGAUGCUAAAGUUGCAGAAGUCCUGUCAGAGUGCCGCCUGUUAUCAUAUAUGUCCCAGAUGUCCAUGAGAAUGUCCUUUCUUUUCCGUCUCAUUAAUAUUAUUCAUGUACAGACACUUACACAGGAAAACGUCAGUUGUUUGAACACAAGUUUAGUUAUCCUAAUGCUGGCCCGAAGGAAAGAAAAGCUACCUUUUUAUCUGCGCACUUUGCAACAGAUGGAAUACACAGAAAAAUAUCCAGGUUUCAUCCUGAACAACUUCCAUAGUCUUCUGCGAUUCUGGCAACAGCAUUACCUCAAUAAGGAUAAGGACAGCACCUGCUUAGAAAAUAGCUCAUGUAUUAGUUUUACCUACUGGAAAGAGACUGUAUCUAUACUGCUCAGUCCGGACCGGACGUCCCCCUGUGCCAUAGUUAGCUACAUCGACGAGGCGUAUAUGGACAUUGACAGAGACUUUUCUGAGGAGUAAUUCUUCGCUCUGGCUUCUGAUGGACAGCGCUUGGAGGGUACCUCGCAGCCCGUGGAUUUUCAGGGAUUCGCUGUGUAGUGUGUGUGCGCGUGCGCGGCUUGGAACCGCUGACUGUUACUGCAUUGUCAAAACCCCGGUCCCCAUCUCUGAUCUCUAACGGAGGAGACUUUGAGAGCUCUCUGGGCAACACAUUCAGGGAUGUAUCUUCCAGUUGUUCUGGGAUAAAAAAUAAUCACCUGCAAAAACUGAUCUUUUUUCUUCCCUCCUCCCACCCCCGCCCCGUUAAAUGUGGCUGGUCAGAGCUCUUUGUGCUGACGGACGAGGAUUCUCUGUACGUGCCAACUUAGUGAUGGCUCCCUUUCAUGGCUACCCCAACUAGCAAGUCACAAAGCACAGAAAUUGCCCUCCAAAUGUGAGGUCCAAGGAGCCAGUCUGCUUGGGACCCUGACACACCAGCCACAUGCAGAGCCACCACGAGGACUCCCUCCAGGUGCACCUCUUCUGUUGGGGUUUGGAAUCGGGUUUAGGGUUGGUUAGAGUGUGUGUGUGUGUGUGUGCAUGUGUGCGCGCGUGUGCGCUUUUAAUUCCUGAGAGCCCUAGCUCCAGUCACCUCUUUCUCAUCUACUUUUGGAUCAUUUGGUACUAAAUCUGUUCAGCCGCUGUCUAUAUGUUAGGAGAGAACCUCUGCUCCUGCUGUCUUUCCUGCAGAUCCUUCCUCUCCGAAGGUGUUUCACAACGGUGCAGAGAACAGAGACAUUUCAGCAGUGGUGGAAUUGCAACAGGGGUUGGCUUUUUCACAGAGCACUAGCAUUAAAAUAUACUAAUUUUUUUAAACUUGGGGCUUGUCCCUUCUUGGAUAACUAAUCGGGUUUUAAAAUACUUUUCAGGACCAUUGCUCUUAAUGCUAACCUGCUACGUGUGGAAGUCUUAUGUCAGUCUGCUUUCAGCCCUUAAUAUCAAUACACACACAUUAAUCUUGAAGUGCAAUAUUUAUUGGAAAUGUCAGUUUUUCCUGGAUCAGUUUUAAUGAGAAUGUGUUAAGUACUGGGAAUAAACACUCCUAGUUGAAAGUAACUUUGCAGGAUUUGUUGGGAAAGGGAGAAAGCAGGUUUUUGGCGGUCACUAGUGCCAGACCUGUGCACACCCUGCCUGCUCACCACCGUUGUGUUGCUCCAAGACAGUCACAUUCCCAGGAAUGAAAUGCAGCCUGAAGUCCUGAGCCACUGCAUUUAAGUCAAAAGGUAUGAAUCUUGCAGCUCCAGCUAAUAGGAAACCGGUUUUCUUUUUCAAACAUGCAUUUGGAUUUUUUUUAAAAUCUGUUAUUUGAUGAGACAAUUUGGUUUCAGCUCCCUCCAGGGUGUCCCUGAGCUGUAGCAUUUUGUCUCUAAUCCAUGCCCUGGAAUGAAACCCCCCUCUGAGGGGUCCCUGUGCUGGGGCCCGGAUGAGUGGACGAUGCUUCCAGCCCCCAGUGCAGGACUUGCUCUCCAGCAGUUGCCCCUCUCCUCUUGCUUAUCUCACCCUUCGUGUCCUGCUGCGGACCUGCAGUCACAACUCUGCUUGCAGGGUGCUCAGAGCUGCUGAGCUUGAGCUUAAGCCUGGAGCCCCUGGGGAGCCUUCAGUGUCCUUCGGGGCUGAGUCCCUGGGGCAGGCUCUGCCCAGCUCUGGUGAGGGCCCUCCAGUCGUGUCCCCCCCCCCUUGGGUCCGGGACUUCUUCCACUGGCAGCUGCACCUCCCUGCUCUUCAUCAGGUCAUCCCAGCCGGUCCCCUCCCUCCCCCCAGCUAAUUUCUUUCUCAUCUGUACUUUUUUGUUCUUGGGUAUUUGUGUUUUUGGUGUAUCUUUGCUUCUUCUUAACUGUAAUAGAUGUACACUUAAAAUAAAUGCUUCAAAUUAAAAGGCUUUUAAGUUAAGGGA